CUUUAAAUCAUGGAAAAACAAAGUGGGCAAAUGAAUGCUCCUCAUCCAGGAACAAAUUUACCUCCUGGACAUCUCCCUGAAUAUCCUUCAGCAGCAUUCCAAGGACCUCCAGAACAUACUGGCUACCCUGGCCCCCAGGUUGGCUACCCUGGCCCCCAGGUUGGCUACCCUGGCCCUCAGGCUGGCUAUCCUGGCCCUCAGGCUGGCUACUCAAUUCCGCCAGCUGAUUAUUCAGGUGCUGGCCCAGUAGGCUUUCCUGUCCAACACCAGCCAGUGUAUAAUCAGCCAGGUGGACCUGCAGGGGUACCAUGCAUGCCAGAACCACCACCUCCAUUAGACUGUCCACCUGGAUUGGAAUAUUUAAGUCAGAUAGAUCAGAUACUGAUUCAUCAGCAAACUGAGCUUCUGGAAGUCUUAACAGGUUUUGAAAGUAAUAACAGAUAUGAAAUUAAGAACAGCUUUGGACAAAGGAUUUACUUUGCAGCAGAGGAUACGGAUUUCUGUACCCGAAAUUGCUGUGGGGCUUCUAGGCCUUUUACCAUGAGGAUUCUUGAUAAUAUGGGCCGAGAAGUUAUAACUCUGGAGAGACCACUAAGGUGUGGCAGCUGUUGUUGCCCCUGCUGUCUUCAGGAGAUAGCAAUCUAUGCUCCUCCUGGUGUACCUAUAGGUUAUGUUACGCAGAUCUGGCACCCGUGCCUGCCAAGGUUUACAAUUCAAAAUGAGAGGAGAGAGGAUGUACUAAAAAUUAUUGCUCCAUGUCUUCUAUGCAGCUGUUGUGCAGAUGUUGAUUUUGAGAUUAGAUCUCUUGAUGAAGAAAAUGUGGUUGGAAAGAUUUCCAAGCAGUGGACUGGUUUCAUGAGAGAAGCAUUUACAGAUGCUGAUAACUUUGGCAUCCAGUUCCCUUUAGACCUUGAUGUGAAAAUGAAAGCUGUGAUGCUCGGUGCAUGUUUUCUCGUUGACUUCAUGUUUUUUGAAAGCAGUGGAAACUGAGAAUAAAAGGAGCGUGAUGGUGGAUUAAUGAAAGUCUCCUCAGAAAGUUUGAAGUCUGUGUAUUGAUUGGGACUAUGUAAAAGAAAAGCUCACUGUUUUUUUUUUCUUUACUGAAAUGACUUAUAGCAUAUGUGAAUUAUACUGUGAUGCCUGAAGCUCCUGUCAUAUAGGACUUUUCAAAUUAUGAGUUUAUUUUCUAUAUCACUUAUAAAUGUUUUUAUGCAUUUUUUAUUUCAUACAUUUUCUUUUUCUUUAUGUAUUUUGGAGAAAGGACAUGGGAAUUUUUACAUUUAAUCAUGAAACUUCCCAUGGUAAAUUGUUUUGAACUGUAAUCUCUUUUAUUUUCAAUUUUUAGAGAAAAUUAUUUAAAGCCUUAUUGAAGUAAUUUUAAUAUAAAAAGUUACAUUUUAUUAAAUAUAGUUC